AUGGCACUGCAAGGGAAAGUCGUAUUCCUGGAUAAGCUCUCAACACUGGCGAAGAACCUGACAUCCUCACAUCCCGGCUGCAAAGUCAUCUACAAGGCUGUGGACGUGGGAGAUCAGAAAGCUGUCGAUGCUGCAGUCGCUUCAUCGAUCCAGGAAAUAGGCCAAAUCGAUGUUCUCGUCAACAACGCCGGUCUUGCUCUUGGUGCCCCUGCCGCAUUUCCCCAAUUGAGCAUCUCCGAUAUCAUGACCAUGAACAACACGAACAUUAACGGCAUGAUGUGGGUGACUCACGCCGUGCUCAACCAAUCGAUUCUAUCCCGGAAGGAGGGGACGAUACUCAACGUCACGUCUACAACCGCACUCGAAGUCCCACCCUUUCCAGGCGAAGCCGUGUAUCACGCUAAUAAAGCCUUGCAAGAGGGUUUUACAAACGUCCUCCGGCACGAGCUAAGCCAGACCAAUAUCCGAGUCCUUGCACUACGCCCCGGCUGUGUCGUUACGAACUUCCAUUCCCUUCGGGUGGGGCAUGACAAGGAGAAGUACGAUAAGUUCUUCGAAGGGUUCCAGCCGCUUGACCCAGAAGAUGUUGCUCGCGCAGCUAUCUUCAUGCUUAGCCAACCGCUCAACGUGUCGAUCAAGGCUUUAGAUAUCGUCCCUUCCGCACAACGCUCUCUAAACGUCUUCGACCGCACAUGGAAUGAACGUAACGGGCAGGCAUAG